UUUUUGUUUUAAUAAUAAUGGAUUAAGGGAUUAGUAAUGGAUUUUCUUUGAGAAAGAUUUGCAAAUAACGACUCAAGGGUGUAUUUGUAUCCCUGAUUUAAACAAACCCAAAUGUCUCGAAUUAUUUUUUAAUUGUUGAUUAGAAAACAGUGAAAGUUGUUUCUGCAUAUAUGAAAAUGGCUGAGUAAUUUAUAAUUUGAAAAUUUAGAUUGAUGGAAUUAGGAGUAAGUGCAGUUGAAAAAUUGGAAUUAGGUAGAAAGCCUUUUCCAAAAUUACAUGCUAUUUAUUUUAUUUCGCCCACUUAGGAAUCAAUCUAAAGAGUGUUGGAUGAUUUCAAAGAUAAAAAAAAUCCACAAUAUGGUGUUGUUCAUUUAUUUUUAUCAAAUGAAAUAGAAUAAGGAUUGAUGUAAAAAAUUGCUUAAUGUAUAGAAUGCAUAUAUAAUUAUAGGUAAUUCAUUAAUAACAAAAAUUGCUUCAUUUAAAAUUGUGAAUUUAGAUUUCGCUUGUACAUCUGAUUAAGUAUUUACAAUAGAGACUCCUGAGUUUUUAACUAAGGCAUAUAAUACUUCAUAAAGUAAAUUAAUUAUUAAAUAUAUUUUAGAUGAGUAAUAAUUAUUGAAAGAAGCAUCAUUCAAGUUAGCUACACUUCUGAUAUCAUUUAACAAAUUUUAUAGUUUUGAAUUUUUAUACAAUUAAGCAGAAAAUAAAUUAUCAGAAUAAGUAGCUAAAUUAACAGCUACAAGAUUACAAGAACUGUUAAAUUCUUUUGUUAAGUAAAAAAAUGAAUAGUAUGAUAAUAUUGAAAAAGAAGCAGGAAAGAUAACUGUGAUGAUAAUAGAUAGAUCAUAUGAUGUAGCUACACCAUUAUUACAUGAUUUUUAUUAUUAAUCCAUGAUAUAUGAUUUAUUGGAUAUAACAAAUGAUAUAUAUGAAAAUGAAGUAGAAGCUAAUGGAAAAUAAAUAAAAUAGAAAGUCAUAUUUAAUGAAAAUGAUGAUUUAUUCAAUAGAUAUAAGUAAAUAAAUUAUUUUAUAAUCCUAGAUAUCGACAUAUAAUAUAAGUUUUAGAAGGAAUUCCUGUAGAAUUUAGGGAAUUUAUACAUAAUAAUACAACUGCUAAGGUUCAUUAAGGAUAAAUGAAUAAUUUAGAUUUGAAUUAGAUGUCAGAAAUUGUUAAGACAUUACCUUAAUAUAAUGAAUUAUUAGGAAAGUACACUUUACAUAUGGUAUAAUAAUAUUUAAAAGUUAUAUAAAGAAAUUAAUUGAAAAGAGUUGGGCUAUUUUUGAAAAUAAGGGUCUAAAAGAAAUAGGGGAAAUUGAAUAAGGUUUAGUAACAGGUAUUGAUGGAGCUGGUAAAAGUAUUUCAACUACAAAAAUAUAAAGUUAAGUUGCAACUAAAUUAAUGAGUGAAACAUUAGAUGAUUAUGAUAAAUUAAGAUUAAUUUUAUUAAGUAAUUUAUCUAUAUUAUGUAGCUUCAAUUGGUUUGGAAAUGUCAGAAAAAGAUAGGAAAAUAUUAACUGAUAAAAUAAAAGUUGAACAUUAAUAAGCUAUAUUAAAUUUAAUAUAUUUAGGAAUCAAUCCUUAAAAAGGUGGUUAAAAAAAGGUAUAUUUUUAGUAAAAUAACUAUAUAGUCAAAAUCUUCUAAUAGAAUUAAUGAUGACUUAAAAAAAUAAGCUAAACAUAAAUUGGCUAGUGCUUGUACUGAAUUAUCUAGAAAUACUCCUUUAAUUGAAACAUUAGUCGAAAGUUAUAUUGAAUCUAAUUACAAAAAACCAUAAAAAUUUGAUUCUUUUAUAAUAAAUGAAGAUGGUAUUGGUGGUAAAGGUAGUGGCAAAUCAAUUAGAAAAGGAGGAUAAUUAGCUAGAAUGAUGUAAAAUGAUGCUAGUGAUGAUACUAUCAAUUAUACAUAAAAAUUAGUAAAUUUUUUUAUUAUGAAAUAGAUUAUUUUUGUUAUUGGAGGUAUCAGUUAUUCUGAAAUAAGAAGUCUAUUAAGUAACUAAAAAAUUACUAGUGCAUAAAUUACUGUAAUUUAAUUUAUAAUUAUUAAAAGUUAGUUGGAUCAACUAAUAUAAUGAAACCAAAAGACUUUUGUUAAGGAUUAUUAGACAUGAAGACUAUUUGA